GACAAGUUCUAAUACGUCAAAUCUAACAUCAAAUGAGGAAGAAAUAACCGGUUUAAAUGAUAAAAAAUUCCAAGAUGACUAUUAUUUUCAUGAUGAAAUAAAGAAAGUAGAUAAAUUCAAGCAUUUUACGCCUUCACUCGGUGAUGAUGCUACUGCUAGUCAAUUGUUGGACUUGUUGAGAGAAAAAACUCAAUCUACAAUUGCUGAUGAUGAUUUAUCUCCCACCCAAUUUACUCAAUUUACUACUGAUGAUCAAGAAUAUUUUAAGGAAUAUGCGACAAGCACUAGCAGUCAAGAUUCGUCUGCUGCCGUUUCUGAAGUUGAUCAGCCACAAAGUUCAAAUGUAUAUUUGGGAGGACGGUGCGUCGAAAAAGUAUUAAUUUGGUCAGCUGCUCAGGGAUGGGAAGCAAAGAAGCGUACACCCUGGCAUUGGAUACAUUCUAUUGGAACAGGAUUUGAUAUUUUGGUUCAUACGGUAUUCGUUAUGUGGCACAUAAAGGUUUUACAUAAUUUGUGA